AUGAAAUGGUAUAAUUCUCUUGUAUUAUCUAUUAUUUGCCCACCUGCCGCUGUUUAUUGUAGAUGUGGUAUUUGUGCAGACUUUAUUGCGAAUAUUUGUCUAACAUUAUUAUGUUAUUUUCCAGGUUUAUUUCAUGCUGUUAUCACUGUAUUUUAA